UGUCGUGUGCGAGCAUUCCUCCGUGGUGCGGGUGCGGUGGUACAUAAGUAGUGCGGGUGUGCACGACGCGGACGCUGCUGCAGCCUGAGCAACUUGUCUGGCACGAUCACGCGUACCGUGUCGCGAUCACGUGUGAAGAGCGCUACUGCGGUAUCUUCCUCGGGAGCUUCUCGUCUGGGCCGUGCAGCCUCCGCCGCUGGCAACUGACGCUUGCAGUCCGUCGACCCGACCCUGUGGGUCUCUUUCAUCACGCUCACGAUUUAGCUUUUGUAACUCACGCGCACGACUGCCUUUCCUUCCUCCGCCUCUUCCUUCCCCCGCCCUCGGCGACCCAUUCGCGACCCUCCUCGAGCGGUCGACGCUGGCCCCUCUCGAUUUCUGGACAUUUCCUUGGUUACCGUCCCCCUGGCUGGGCCCGCGAUCAGCAGAUCGUAUUGAAGAUUCUCUACAUGCAUGGCAGAUACCUUGUUUUCGAUCACUGUCGACGACAACUCCCCCACAAUCGCGUACGCGCCAUUCGGUGACACUCUUGGCCAACCCGAUGUCAGUGCAGGGUGGAAUCCAUACUACACCGGCUCGGGCUUCUCUUCAGGCUCCAACUCGUCGUCCAGCUCGGCGGUGAGCAACUUCGGUAAUGGUACGAGUUUGCACGUCACUGCAUGCGACGGAGCGCAGGUGGCAAUACAGUGGAACGGCACUGCAAUCAACGUGUUCGGUACCAUCACCGCAAAUGGCUCGAGCGCACUCACGUACUCUGUCUCCCUGGAUGGGAACGCGACGACAAACUUCUUUUCCCGCAUAUCCUCGCCAGCGUCAGUGGAUACUGCUGCCAAUGAUGUCCUGGCCUCGUUCUCCAAUCUAUCAGAUGAACCGCACGAGAUCGUGUUGACAGUGCAUAAUGCGGGGACGACAGGCAGCAACGAUGCCACCAACCUGGACUUGGUUGUCGCGUUUGACAGCUUCGAGUUGUUCAUGGACGGAGACGGCCCGCCCACAUCUUUGUCCUCUUCAUCAACAUCAGAAGCGCCCACAACCACCUCCAUACCGGAUGGCGCGGUCUCGUACCGUGGGCAGUGGUCGUUCACCACUGGGCUUCUAUCAGACCUCCCAGAAGCCGCCUUCCAUACGAGUACGAACGUCGGCGACAGUGCGCGGGUCGAUUUCAAUGGUACCGCCGUGUCCCUGUCAGGACUCACGACGCCCUCCUCGGGGACGUACAACGUUACUCUUGACGACCGCCUGUAUCCUACAUUGUCGGCGCGCGCCUCGUUCACGGCCGCGUCCCCUGUUGUAUUGUUCUACGUCGCCGACCUCGACCCCGCGGUACCCCACUCCUUGGAAAUUGUUAAUGCCGGCGCGGACGGAGGAGGAAACGAUCUAACUGCAGACUUGGUUGUCCUGGCUGGCGGCAUAAACGUGACGAUGGCAGGAAACACGACGACAACCGGGACAUUGACUACUAGCAGUCAUCUAUCACAUGGCGCCGUUGCAGCCAUCGCUGUGGGUAUUGUGCUUGGCGUCUUUCUGCUGCUUGCUUUCAUCCUAGUCAUGGUCUGUUGGAGACGGAGAAGGGCACGAAGAAAGGAGAGCUUCCUGGUGAACCCGCGGGUGAGCUACUGGCAGCGUAACUGGCCACGCUGGUUCUCGACUCGGGCGGCAAGCACGGCACCGCAAGAGACCACCUUCGUGCGGGAGAAGGACACCCAAUGGCGAGACAGUAUGCCUCCUAGCCAUAGGCCAGCCAUCUUGCAGAUCGGUCGUCCAAUCAUCCCACGGGAGAAGGAGGAGGCCAGGCAUGACUACGUUGCCUCUGACGUCGGGACACAGGGUCAUUCAGCCCAGCGGCCGCGCCAUGUCUCGCAGAACUCGGAUGGCAGCUUCUCCAUUGAGCUGCCGGAACUGUCUGCGGUGCCGCUGCGGAACCCCACCAGUCCCUUUCCCUACACGCCGGAACCUCCGUCCCUCGUCUCGCAGUCAUCCGCCAUUCCCCGUACGUCAACGACGCCUCCCGACACCCUCAAUCGACCACGCUCGCUACGUCCCAGAGGACCCCGCGAAAUGCAUGGGCGGGAUAGCAGCCGGGGAAUCUUGCUCGGCGAGAUGCUCAGUUCGACGUCUGAUUGGGAGGUCGAGGAGAACGCAACUCCUCUCAGGGUCGAGUUCGCGGCGCAGUCGCAGCCUCGUACGGAGCGUCGCACGGAGAGAUAUCUCAGCGCUGGCGGAGUCUCCUUACCGCAGUCCCUCAAGCAGGCGCUGGCCCGAGGAAGUUUUGACGGGGCGAAUGCGGAAGCGGGCCCGUCAAGACCCUCGACGUUCCUGUCGUUCUUGGACUUCUCAUCAAACUCGUCGCGGUCGUCGUCGCGGUCGCGGUCGCUCCGGCAGUCUUCAUCGUCACAGUCCAAGCGAUCAACACGAAGCUCGGCGAGGUCACGACGCGAGAGCAACCCACAGAAUGCCCCGCCACUUCCGACAGAUCGUCGUGAGUCGAUGGGCUUGUCCAUGACUGUCGCCGGAGGGCCGACAGAGAGCAGACCCUCGCUCAGCCCCGAAAUCUCCCUCCAAACCGUACCUCUCCCCACACCCCUCCUCGUCGUACCCCCAGACCACCCACACGACAUAUCCGACCCUGCCCUCCGCUUAGACGACGUGGGCGAACUUCCUUCCCCUUCAGAUUCUAUCCCUAUGACCGUCUCCGAUAUUCACUUCCGACAUUCCAUCCAGUCAUCCGUAUCGCCCAUCACCGAGUCCCGCCGCACGAGUGCGUUCCGCCUAAGUGGGUCGCACCGUGUACCGCACCCACCUCUCCCAGGGGGCGACCUACAAUCUGCACUUGUAUCACCGACCCGUCCUACGCAUGUGAAAAGCAACUCGCAAGGAACGAUGCCCCGGCCGUACAUCAUGCAGAAGCUCAUGGGUCUUCCCACCACCGCACCGGGUUCAAGUUCCACCACUGCUACGCCAUUGGGGAGCCCGACAGCACCGUCAUCAAGACUUGAUCCCCCAGAAGGCUCCCGGUCAGCGACCGGGGGCGGCCGGCCACGAACAGCAGACGAGCCGCUGUCGCGGACGGACUCCCGCUCUACCCCCGCAGAGCAACGGGGUAGCACGGCGCCAACACCGGGCAGUACGAAUCUCAGUUUCGGUUCAAGGAGUGCAUUUGGGUUUCUGGGUCGACGAUGACAUACGCCAGGACGUUGGUCUGUGUACCCGAGGAUUUGUAGCGCAUGCUCUAGAUCAUCUUGCUUACGCCCACAUACUGUACUACACGGCAUGCAUUCACAAAAGUUUGGUUUUCGCGUUGCAUUCAUACGGAGCAUUUCUUGCUUCACCUUUUGCAUUUGUACAACCUAAGUUAUCGGACGGUUGCAUUCGUCGUUCUUUCGGUGUCUACGCAUCAGUUGUCUCUUUCGCAUCGACGGCUCCCAAAGGCAGUCUACUAUGCGGUCUCCUGUCUUGCACUCGGUUGCAAAUUACCCCUAUCCUUGAAGUCAUGGCUCUCUAUCGCUUGUAACAUAGCUACAGUGUUGUAACAGUACAUCUGCUUAAUGCACAGAAGAAUCGCGAGA